AUGCAAGUGUUAGCAACGUUAUUCCUGGCGUCCGUGCUUGGUGGUGUUCGGGGAGUGAUUCGGACACCGUUGGAGGCGUUUAGGCCCUCGGGAGAAAUACAUUUGAGGAGGCCGGACAAGCUGCCGCUUCUGCCACAUAAAAGAACAACGAUCCAGGCGAAGAGUGGUCUCAAGAUAUUGUAUCAGAUUGGAGUAUCAGAGGAGGACCUUCCGGACUGCAGGUCGAGACAGGUGUGCAGCAAAGUAGAUCUUUACGACACAACGCAACCUUGGAUAGAAAGAAAAUGUCGUUGCUUGGGGCACAAGCCGUGUUCAAGUGACCUGUCAGCGGAUGACAACCAUACGUUAGCCGACAAAACGACGCUUUACAAAACGUGCGAGCCGAUAAAGCGAUUACCCAAAUGCCGAUACUUCAAGGAUGCUGCCUGGACGAUUUAUUCUUUUCCGGAUACAAACGCAACGCAACAGAUAGUCAAUUGUCAUUGUCCAAAAGCCUCAAUGACGUAUUUGCUAAAGAAGCUUUCAUACACGACACCUAGCGGAGAACUGGGCAACCAAUAUCAGUUUGCUUGCUCACCUCAAAGUAGAUUAAGAUGCUCGAGGAAGGAGCCGUGCAAGUUGUUUAGCGUGAGGCGACGACACGAGCAGAUAGACGAAGUAAACGCCAGCACAAUAUGCCAGUGUCCCAGGGACCAUACGUGUCCAAGGCAUCACACGGAACCGGGAGUACUACCCGGGGUCACGUACGCCGCUGAGGACAUACGCACAUAUCACGGGUACUGCAUGCCUGAGCCAGCGUUGGACACUUACAGGUUCGUUGGUGAAAAAGACUGA